CACCCAAAAGUUUCGUGUCUCUUGUUUGGUGGCAACCGGCGUCAAAAUCUUCUUUUCAGACUUUUACGAUAUUCUGCCUUUUCUUCUUCUACUUCUUUUUCCGACGAGGGGGAGUCUUUGGAAUGAUGCGUGCAUAUUACAUGUCAGAUUUAGCAUCAUGUUGUUUUAUCAUGCAUUACCUACUAUCCUGGCUAGUCGGGAAAAACGGCUCUUACCUGCAUUGCGUCUCACGACGUACUGAGGUACCUUUUUUUUUAUUUCUUGCAAACCUUGUUCCAUCUACUAAGCCAAAUCAUGUAUCAUGCGCGUUUUACUUAUCACGGCUAUUAUACAUCAUCAUCAUCAUCGUCAUUAUCAUCACCAUCAUUAUCCUUUGUCCAUCCCCUAUCCAAGUUCUUGCAGCAGACCUAACGAUUUAACAUGGAAGUACUUUAGAAUGCUGAAUGCCGAGA